AUUACUAUUACCAUUAAUAUUACUAUUAUACUACUAUACACGUAAUAGUAUAUCCUUUAUAUAUAUAUAUAUAUACUUUUUUUUUCUUUUUCUUAAAAGAUACUAUAAUAAUAAUAAUAAUACUAACAAGUAACAAGCAACAGUUGUAGUAGCUCUUUCUUUCUUUAUUUUAUUUUUAUAUAUAUAUCAAAUCUUAUAUUUAAUAUACUACAUACUUUUAUUUUUUGUUAUAAUUUUCAACUUAUCAAAUGUCUACUAUCAACAUCAAUGUAAAGACUUCCAGUGAUGGCAAGUUUGUCAUUGCCAUCGACACUACCAAAACAGUCGAAGAAUUGAAAAAGGCAAUCGAAGAAAAGACAGAGGUUCCUGUCGAAAGACAACGUCUUAUCUAUUCUGGUCGCGUUCUCAAAGACGACACCACACUUGAGACCUACAAGAUUGCAGAUGGAAACACAGUUCACAUGGUUAAAGGAGCCCAACCAAAGACAACAAACUCAUCUUCACCUUCUGGUGCAGCAAACCAAAACUCUUCAACACAAUCCGCAACAAACACAUCAUCAAACACAGCAAACUCCACAACAAAUUCUUCUUCUUCGCCUCCUCCUCCUCCUGUAGGUUCUAUCUUUGGUCAAACGGCCCCUAAUGCAGUUCCUGGUGGGAUUGGGUCUGGAAUGGCCAAUCCAUUUGCAGCAUUCGGUGGUGGAUUCGGUGGUGGGUCUCCUCAACCUGGUGCAGAUGGAGCAGCAGCAAACCCUUUUAGUAUGUUUGGGUCAGGCUUCGGUGCUGGAGGCAUGGGAAACAGCUUUGGUGCUCCGGAUCCCAACAUGAUGAAUCAAAUGCUUCAGAAUCCAAUGUUUGCACAGUAUAUGUCGACCGUUCUCCAGAACCCAGCCGUGCUUGAUUCCAUUAUUGCGACCAACCCACAGCUUUCGAACAUGGGACCCGAAGUGCGUAAUAUGAUGCAGUCUCCUGAAUUCAGACAGAUGGUGUCUAAUCCUGACAUGAUUCGACAAAUGGCCACAAUGGCCACAGCUUUCCAAGGAAUGGGAGGAGCAGGUGGACCUCAACAGCAGCAGCAACAGCAACAGAGUGUGCCUAAUCCAUUUGCUGGGUUUGGUAAUGGUCCUGCUAUCGAUCCACAGAUUCAACAACAAAUGGCUUCAUUGUUUAUGGGUGGAGCUGGGGCUGGGGCAGGAGCAGGAGCUAGAUUUGGUGGAUUUGGUGGUAAUGGUGGUGGUGGUGGAUUGGCUGCUGAUAAUCGUUCACCUGAGGAAAGAUAUCAAGUACAACUACAGCAGCUUAAUGAGAUGGGAUUCUGGGAUGCAGCAAAGAACAUACGUGCGUUGCAAGCAGCUGGAGGAAAUGUGAAUGCAGCUAUUGAGAUGCUGUUUGAUGGAAAUGUGUAAUGGAGUAAUGUUUAUUAUUAUUGUUUCUGCUUUUAUUUUAUUUUUAUUUUUUUUAAAAAAAAACACACACACACACAAUUUCCCUUGCGUUUCUUAUCUAUUUUUUGUCUGUUUAAUGGAUUUUAUUUGUUUGCUUGUAUGAAAAAGAGAGAGAGGUUUCUUUGUAUAUUCUCUUUUGAAUAAAUAAAUGUUAAAGAAGUAUUAUUUAAUUUA